GUCACGACUCACCUGUGGGUGGGUGUAGGAUCUGGGAUUAGCAGUAGCCGCAGGUAAUAGCCAAACAUUGGGAGACUCUCGGCUACACAACACUGAACUUUACAAAAAAAGAAGACGACACGAAUGAGCCUAGUUGCGUUGUUCGGCCGAGACAGCGGACCGGACUGGGUUUGCAAAAGUUCUGUUGUUCCGUGGAAGUAAAGUCACCUGGAAAUCUGUGGGCGGUCGAAAGAGAAGUCUUUCUCUCUGUGUUUGAAGCGCUAGCUCAAGUUUUCCUCCCAGACUUCCGCGGUUCGCUCGCUGAACAAGUUAUCUGGGAUAAAAGACAACCACAAGUGUUUCCUCAUAUGCGGUCCCAGGCAUUUUGAGCCAUGCCUGGCCACAGCACAGGGGCUCCCCAGGUGUCCCGCCACCAAAAACACUCCAGCUCCAGAGCAGACAAGUACCGACACACUCGGACUAUAUCCAAGGAGAGCACGGCCAGCCAGGACUCCUACAAGGAUCCCCACGGGGAGCAUCACACUGACCACUCCCGGUAUCCGGAGAACAAGUACGGUCGCAGCGGAGGCCAUCCACGGAAUGGCACGGCGCGGGGCUCGGAGACUAUAGGAUUUAUUCCCGGGUCAGCAGACAGCACGCCCGCCAGCAGACAAGCCUGUGGCUCCUGUGCGUCCAUGGGCUGGAGUGGCUGCAAGGCUCUGAUCUGCUGCGUACUCACCUGUGGGUUUUAUGGCAGCAGAGAGCCCUGCCUGCCUGUCAAUGAGAGCUCCACAGACCACCCCCCUAAAGCGGGUAACGAGCCUCACCCUGCUAUCGGCCUGGCGCUGAACAACCCCACUUGCGGCAUCCCUUUGGAGUCCAGCAAGUCUACCAGACCCUCUAAGCUGCCCACGAGUGACAGCUUCCGCUACCCGGACGUGCGCAUCGCAGGUCAGACGGUAAGGUAUCCGGUCGCUCCCCCCAAACGGACCCGCACGCCUGGCAAGGGGGAGAGCCAGCGGCCUGUCAGCAACACGAGCCUGUUGUCCCGUGAGGACUAUGACUUGGAUGACCUGAGCGACACAGGCACAGACAUUGACUCGCUCAUCACCAAGAAGCUGCUGGAGCUGUACGCACUGCACCAGAUCGACCAGCUGGCCAAGUGCACCUCCGACUCCUCGUUCUCCCGCAAGACCAAUGAGAUCAGCGAGCUCAUCUACAGCAUCGCCCAGGACUACAACCUGGAGGAGCAGGAGGCCGAGUGUAAGCUGGUGCACGGGGUCAUCCGCAUCAGCACCAGGAAGGGCAAGAGGAACAAGAGCCAUCCGUCGACGGGACAGCAGCGUCCGAACGGGAGGAGUGACGGGACUCUGCCUGACAGCGGCAACGAGACCAUGACCAACACUUUCAUGAGCAGUGACUUUCCAGAGGUGAAAGUGUCAGAGCAGACGCCAUCCGACGAGCUGGCGAGGAAAAUGAGACAUUACAGCGGGAGAACGUACUCCUCCAGCACCGCCACAGCCUACUCGGCCUACCAUCAUGACACUGAGACUAACUCUUCAGGCGCUCCCCUGCUUCUCUGAAGGGCAACAGGAGCAAAAGUAUCUAUACUGACAAAGUAAUGUAGUCAACUAGAUGGAUAUCCUUCUGCUAUCAGUUUUUGUGUUUUUUGCUGUUACUGACUGGAGCACCUUUUACCCUAGGCGGUUGUAAUUCUCUUUUUUUCUUUAGUGGUCCAGCUAAAGUUUGCUAUUAGAGUGUCAUGUAAAUGUAUGGACCUUUUAUCUUUCCAGCACAUGACCCACUGAGGAAACUUUUUUUUUUUCUUCCACAGGGAAAGAUCUUAAUGUAUUUUGGUACGCAGUGUUUAAAGUUGUUUUCAGAAAAAGCAACAUGACUACACUCCUUGCAAUCUUAGCAGUUGGGCCAGAGGAUAGAGACUGAUGGUAGAACAAAACCGUCCUCAUUCUUGUCUGUGUGGUUGUUUAUGCAAGCCAUUGUGCAUGCACUGUUUGGGUUUAUUGACUCCUGCCAUUUAGAUUCUUUAAAAGCAUGUUUUGUCCUGAAAGCUGCAUUGUUAAGCCAUAUUUUGAUGUGUAUAUAUUUUUAAGUUGAUGUUACUUACUGGGUGUUAAACCACUUGUGGUCACAGUUUUUUUUAUUCACAGAUAAGCCCUGUUUUUAACAAAAUAAAAUGUUUAUGCUU